AUGAAUUCAUCCAACGACACCUCAGAAAAAGAGACUAUGCAUUUAUCUUCUGAAUGGAAUUCUUCAAGUAUUGGUCACACCCGCUCUUCAUCUUACCCCGGUAACAUUACCGUGGUUUCUGAAGGCUCGGCAGUAAAAUCUUCUCGUGUGAACGGACAAGAAGUUGUAUUUACUGAGAUUACUAAGCCAAUUUCAUUGCCUGAUAACUCUGUUGCCAAGGAAAACAUUGAGUUAGAUAAUUCGACAACGAGUGGAAGUAGAAGUUUUAAAUUUGAAGACUUUUUAGAACGAGAUACUCUAAAAACUGGAUCUGAUACUGAGGGAGAGGGUGUGCAGGAGGCACCCUCAGGGGAGGACACGGGUAAUUUUGUCUUCGAAGCUGCGGAUCUGUUUUUUAAUCAUCCUAAGGUUGGUUUUGAAGAGGAGAACUCAUUUCAGAUUCAAAGUGACCUCAAGACAUCGUUAAUACCAACCAGUUCAGAAGAAACUAAUGAUUCCUUACGUAUCGCCCAAGGAAGUUCUAUGCUACCCAGAGAAGAUUUGCCUGAAAGGAAGGAUGAGUUUUGUGGUGAAAAUUUUGGGUCAAAAGCUUCAAGUGCAGUCACGUCGGAUUUUUCGAAAGAACACAAUUUGCCUUACUCAAAAGAAAACUAUGACUCUGCCAAUACGCGUAGUUUAGCAGAGAAGGAUAAUGAGAAAUCAAAUUCCACUCUUGAACACGCAAAAAUACCUGGUUUAGUAAAGGAAAUAGCUGCCGAUCCGGAGGCAAAAAUUAGAAAUAUGCCACCGUACCUCAACCAUCCAAAUGAAAGCAGUCUUCAAGCUGACACACAGGAACACCAGGAUCUCAGGGAAAGUCCUUUGGAAAUACAAGAUCAGCACAAAACAUCGGAAUGUAAAGACCCGUAUAAAGACACAAGUAGUUCUUUGGAUUAUUUUGAUUCAGCGCCAAGCCCUGAAGCAGAGCCCAGUGCAAGUGAUAGUAAGUUUGAACCUGUCAUAUUGUUGGACAGUGGAGAAUCUCUUGUGCCUGUUGCAGAAGGCGAUGUUACGUCUAGGACUGGUACCCAUUCCAUUUCCUUCUACUCGCCAGACGUUUCAGGAGAGAACGACCGUGACUCCCUCUUAAGGUUAGAAUUUUAACCGCUGAAUAACACACGAAAUUCGGAUGGGGGGUCAUGUAGUAGCUGCUCGGACGAGAAGUCACCAAAGGUGCGUUUCCCUGACCCCAAACAAUACUAAAACAAUUGGAAGAAUGACAUGUCAUUGUUUCCUACGACCAAUUAGGAGAGACCUUUUUCCGUAUGGGACAAGAAAGACUACUAUACCCUGGGGGGUGGGGGAUAGCUCUCGAUGAGUCUCUGGGUGGGGAAGGGAAACGCCGCUUUACUGUAAGUUAUGGGCCCUCGUCAUUUCCUUCGGAUUUAUGUUUGCGACUGGGCUGUAGUUCCAUUUUCAAAAUAAGGCCAGAAUACCAGAUGUUUGAAUUGAUGCUGCAAUAGCCUGCGAGGAAGCUCUCUGGGGCGCUCUGGAGGCGGGACAGGAAAAGCCCAGAAGGAGAGCCGGAAGGAGAGCUUGCAACUGCGUGUCUGCAAUUUAAAUAUCUGCAUCGAAAGAGUCGAUGCGAAAUGCUGAUUGGCGGAGAUUUCAUUAGAAAUGACGUCAUUACCCUUGGCACGUGUUUUUCAAUGUUUGUUGACAUUCGCGCUCGUUUCCGCUUCGCCCUGAUUGGCGGAAAUCUGACAGCUCAGUGGACGGCGUGCCACAGGGGAUCUAGGGGUGGAAUUGAAAUUUCAGAGACGUAGUUGCAAGCUCUCCUUCCUUUUACCCCUCCGCCGCCAGAGCGCCCCAUAGAGCUUACUCGCAGGGUAAUACUGCAAUAAAUGUAUGCUUUCAAGAAACAACUAUGGGACAGAUAGGGAAACGCCCAGUCAAUCCCUUGGGAUAUUUGAAUUUCAUAGUUAUUUUUAGACCAAUUAAACGUUUGAAAUUAAUCAGAAGUUGCUUUCCAGAGAGGUCCAUAAAACUUUCAUUCAGGGUUGUCAAAAGAGAAUUCAACAGUCAUCAUUACAAUAUUCUUUAUUGUUUGUUUUGAGGCAGUCGCGCGGGGAGUUAAUGACGUUUCAAACAUACAUUAAUAUGUGCGCACGUCUCAGAUCUUAGACUUCCGCUUAAUAGACCUUUUUACCGAUACAGCGGCCAUAUUGAAAGAUUGUAACGGGAAAAAAAGAUCGUUGUGCCGUGUUUGGAUAUAAUAAUGAUCGCCUUUUGCCCGAGAAAUAAACAUGGAAGUUCUUUUUUUGCCCGAAAAGCGCGCGUAAAUAAUGAGCGAGUGCCCUCUUGGCAUCCCAUAAUACUCUGCUUAAAUCUAAUAAAUUCAAUAUGGCCGCCGUAUCGGUAAAAAGGUCUCUUACAACCUCUAAAAAUAACUUUAGUGAAAUUUACACAUCCCGGCCAACGCCCUAAGAAUUCAUCUCUGUCUCAUUGUUCUCUCUUGAGACUUGAUUAAUAAAAACAGCUGGUUUUAUGAUUAUCUUACAGCCCUAGCUGGUCUUUUGUUGAAGACUCCGAUGGACUCAUUGAAAUCAGAAGCGAGCCUCUUUUGAAUAGCAAUGGCAGCUCUGUUGCCAUGGCAUCAGAUGCCUCAACUGCGGCUGCGCUGGCGGCAUGCUCUGAUGCACAGAGAGGAAUGGACAAUAUGGCCAGGUAACUAAUUCUCUUUACCGUACAUUAUUUAUAAUUGCACAUUAUUUUAUCCGUACAUUAUUUGUAAUUGCAUUGAGGAGAGUUUGGGAUAAAACCGUUGGUAACAGUAUGGUUGUUGUUGUUUGCUUACUUAGUGGCCUUAUCACGGUGGGAGCGACGAUGACUGGAGAUCAAAAUGUGCGGGUGAGUUGAUAUCGUGUGCUGCCUAUCACCUUAAGGCUUGUUUAUAUGGAGGUGGGGGACCCCAGGUAUGUGAGGUAACCCGCUUAGGUGGGUUAACCUAUACAUAACAUAUAAUCUUUCAUUUUAAUUUGAUCACGUUAACAUGAUAGGUGGGGUGACCAGCCGCGGGUUACUUCACCUACCUGGGGUCCCCCACCUUCAUGUAAACAGGCCCUUAGAAUACCGACACAUACGUUUUAGGAAUAAAUAAAAUGAGUAAGUAUUUAUCAACUAAUUUAUUAGUAGUUUGUUUAUAUAUUUAAUAGCGAUUUAUUGGUACCAAAUCUACGAAGUAGUUCUUCGUCUACCAUUCCUGGGGCCUGUUUCUCAAAAGUACCGAUAAUUAAUGUUUACAUUCAGUGUAGAGGCCUCAAAAGUUUUGCAGAUAACAUGAUAAAACUAUCAGUUAACUGGACAAAAUGUACUGGUUUGUUAGCUCGGACCGGCGCUUCAGUUCCUGGGAUUUGAUUUAAAUAUUUGAUAGUUACCUUGAAUUUCGAGAAACAGGGCCCUGAUCGAAUUAGAAUUUUAGAAUUUUUUUGUUUUUGAGGAGAGUUGAAAACCGGAGUACCCGGAGAAAGCAAGUACCACGACCAAGAGCAAUCUCAAGCCACAUAAGGCAGAUAUGAGGUCGCCUCCGGGAUUCGUUUACAAGUCUUGUGCUGAUAAAACUUGUAGUCCCUUUUUGGACAACAAAUAAACGAAACGGGAAAGACCCUUAUUAUCGCUUGGAGGGCGGCGUUUCAGCAAAACUAACAUGAAGUAGUGUUUAGUCACAGCAUCAUGUAGAUGAUACUUGAAGGAAGGUUAAUAAUAAGUUGACCGACAAGUCUGACAUAAUAAAACUCGCCAUAUGCUGGGGUAAGGCUUUAAAGAAACUGAUACUGCAUCGGUGGAGAUGUAAUACGCCAAAAUUUGCCGGUUUCUCAUCUAUUUUAAACCAUGGUAAGUUGAGGAUACUGAUCAGUUAUGAAAGCCGGCAAAUAACAAAGAUUACCCAAAACAGCGGUGCUGCAGUUUAUGUUAGAAGUUCUCUGACACUGCAAAAUCCUUUGUUUUUUGUUCACAAAUUUGAUAGACCGCGAGCAGUCUUCUAUUUGCUUCAAAGUCGCUGGAGUAAGACGCGCGAGCCGCGAGAAACGAGGGAGCAAAGCCCGAGGAGGAAGAACAAUAAUUUUCUAGUCUCGCCCCAGUCCGUUUCGCGCUCACUAUCUAAGAACUCUUCAGAUCUAAGAGAAAAGUGGACGUAAGCGGUCCAAAAUUGUAACUGAAUAAAAUAAUGAAAGUUUUCUAUUCUUUUUCAGUGUUUCUUUUCUUCGUUCUACAUGAUAGGAGUUCUAUUGAACGUUGUGCUCGGCUAAGUCCAAAAAAGCUAACAAAAUCAUCUAACAAAGACCUCUAAUGGGCCUCAUAACCAUUGCACUGUAUUAACCAUGUUUAAUUGCAAAGUGAUUCAAAAGGUAAUGUUUUGAGCGCUAAUGACAAAGGGUUACCGCUCGAGAGGUCAGCUUCUCAAUAUCUCUGCGGUGGCCAGUUUAUUCUACCAACUCAGUCCGGCCACAAGACUAACGUUUUGCUAUAUACUGAGGGCUUAGCGUUGUGUUUUGAAUUUUUGUAGAGAGAUGACCACAAGAGGCGCGACGGCAUGACUUCAGGUAAAUUAUGCCCACCUCCCAACUGACAAUUCCGGUUUUUAGGAAUAAAGUUUAAAACAAUUUUCUUUAUGAUCAAAAUUAAUCUAUGUUCGAUAUAAAAAUGGGCGGCUUGAGAUAGCUUAAGGCUAAUUUUAGUCUCACUCCCUACUUUUCUCCAGUCCUACUUACAACGUAGCUCAACGUAGCUUUCGUAGGGUCACACAGGAAAUGUUAAGAGCGGCGUGCUCAGCCAAAAACACUAGAAACCCGCGAGUAAGAACCUGCAUUUUCCCAAGUUAGCCUAAACAGAUUCUUAUAUAAGUAAUAAUUAGCACAAAUUUAGGCUAUUUAGGUUCUUAAAUAGAUUCUUAUUUUCCGAGGAAAAAAUGCUUUAUAGCUAAGAGUAUAAAUUUGUGGUAUUUAGCCUAUUCCUUAUAUAAAAUGUGCAUACUAUUACAUUGCACUUGGAGUGAUAAGGUACCUUUGUCUUCGAAGAGGAUCCUGAAUGCUGACUUAUCUUAUUUGCCAAAAUUUUUAAAUAGAUUUUAGAGAGUAAGAACCUCUUUCAAAUUUUAAGCUAAACAGGUUUUUUUAUAGAGGGGGCCUAACAGGCAAAUUUUAGCCUAACAGGUUCUUACUCACGGGUUUUGACUGUAUGCUCUUUCACUGCAAGACAAGACUGACCCGAUCCUUUGCAUGUUGAAACCGGUUUCUCAUCCCAUGCCCAUAUUGGACUUUGUGCUCUUUAAUGUUUAUAAGUCAAUGAUAACAAUGAUUAUGUAAUUUUUUUCCAUAGCUGAACUCAAGCAAGCCAUGGUGUCAAUGAUGCUAAGGAAAGACGAAAUUGAAGAACAAAACAGGUUUGUUUACUCAUGGAGAAACGCCUGCCUCACACGAGUGAAGCUGGAGCUCGCGAUUUAACUGGCCAGAUGUAAUAGUCGGCCCUGUGCUUAUGCUGUGUUUCGUUUUCACACGGCACAACACGAACGCAAGCACAAGCCCAGCCGGGUGCAAAGAAAGUCAGUUUUACGGCUUGCCAUUCGGGUAAGCUCUAGCUAGCCCGAAAAUUUUUUUGAAGAGCAGGAUUAAUUUCAUUUCUUCUGUAAUUUGAAUUCCCCAAAAAGCUUCACUUGCCUGUUGGGCAAGUUAAGAACAAAUUUCAAUCCCCUGUUAGCAAAACCCACUAGCCUCAGGCUAUCGGACACGACUUUCUUUGCACACUGCCCGGUCACAAGGAAAGAAGAAAUAUUGAUAGUUGUGCAUGUGAUUGCGUUCAGAGCGUUUUUACAGUGAAAUAAGCACCCUUAAUCCUGGCGUCUCCUCAUUCAGUUAUUGAAUGAGGCUGAGUAUCAUCUGAAGAAUUAUGGAGAUCGAGGAGGGUGUCGAGAGGUCGACUUGUAGCAAGUUUGGCUAUACAGGAAUGUUCAGUCAAGCAGAUAUUCUUUGAGCUGAGUUGUAUUUUUGCUGUUUUUGUUAUUUUUGUGCCAGUAUUUCGGCUAUUUCUUCUUCGCAAGACGUGUUCUCCAACUUAAUCAAAACAACUUAGCUAUCGCAAUCUCGUCCCCAGGGCGUCUCGGUUGCCGUCUGUUUUUCUGGCGAUAUCCAUAACUAUUGACGUCAUUUUGCAGGAUAUCGCAAACGUCUUCCAAAUAAUGCUCAACGUUAGUUGGUUAUGAAGAAUUAUCCCAGUGAUUUGAGGCAAUCUAUCUUGCUAGCAGACUGACGCUACAUUUUCGCGGUAUGAGCUGGGGUGCGAAAAGUAAUUUUCGCACGCCAGCUCAUAAACCGAAAAUAAAGCCUUUGCUCGCAGGGUAGAGCUAAUCAGAAACGGAGGAAGGUUUUGAAUGAAUAAUAAACCACAUUAAUUGUUGCUCUUAGUUACUCUGCUUAAAUUUUCUGUAGGAAAUUGCAGAGUCGUUUGGAUGAAGAAUGCCAGAAAUCUCAGCAGCUUGACUCUGAGAAUGAAAAGCUUCGAGAGGAGAUUAAACAACAAGAAAACUUCAACGCAGCCAAGAUAGCGUCUCUUUCAAGGUAUGAAACAGGGUGUUGAAAGAAAAUCCAGAAGGUGUAAAAUGUAGAUGGCUAUAUAUAAUUCGGUCUCAAGUUGACCAAGUUGAUUGGAUUAUCUAGGAUGUUAAUUUUUGAAGAAGAAAGCUUUGAAUGUUACAAAGAGAAAGGAAAGAUAGUCUUCUUGUCUUUACUUUUUCUUCAAAAAUUUUAAUUUGACUUUGUUGUUUUUGGAAGGGACGCAAAGGAAAUGUUCCCAACUACCCCGUUAAAACCCACGUUCGAAUGUAUUUGGUCGUGGUUGUAUGCGCUGUGGAAAAAAAAAUUAUAUGUUUGUCUGUUUGUUUGUUUUCUGCUGUAGCCGCUGCGUGCAGAGUGUCUGGAAAUCUCAUAGCCACUUUCCUGGUUGUAUUGGCUAUUAAUUUUCAUGGCGAGACUAAAUUUUCCGCGGAAAAUUUAUUCGCGAAGGCAGUCACACACAAUCACAAAAAAAUUUUACUUCUCCCGACGUAAAAGGCGAGAAAGGAUCAUUUAAAUCGAUACAAUUAUUUUACUUAUUAGCUCCGUUGUUUUUGCCUCGUUCUUUGCUACCUUAGCCUCCCAUGCAGACGCUCCUAGGGCUUCGUCACGCGUCCAGGAAGUCAAAAGGACGUGAGCGUACGAGGCUAUUACGAAAGUUGCAAUCGUGGUCGCUUAAAGAAUUUAUAUAAGUUUUAAAGGGUUUCAUGUGACUGAUUUGCAGAGAAAACGAGCUCUUGAAGCAUCAGCUGAAGAAAUACGUUGGAGCAGUACAGGCGCUGAGGAGUGAUCUACAAGGAAACAAGUCAGCUGUAACAGCGGAAGGUAAGGGUGUGGGCUUGUUUUAGGGGUACUAUUCUCGUUCUUCAAGGAGCAGAAUCAGUGCGAUUUACUACUACUACUACCACUACCACUACCACCACCACCACCACUACCACUACCACUACCACUACCACUACCACUACCACUAUCACUACCACUACCACUUUUUGUUUACUUGAGAAAAAUUGCUCUGAAACCAUUAUGGUUUGCCCUCAUGUCAAAACAUAAACUGAUGUCUAUCUCUUGUUAAAUCCAGUAAUUGUUCAGGGGACCGGUUGACGGUAAAUUUAUAGCAUCACUGGAUUAUCGUCGUUGAUAUAGUCUUCUCCUUGCAGUUUUGUCGGGAAUAAGGCAAGAAGAAAUUCUACCUCCUUUGCCACCAGAGCAAGCGACAGAGCAUGCGAGGCAGGUUUUUAAUUUGUUCGCUGUUUUUAAUAUGGUAGCAAUCAACUUAGUUCUAAAGGAACAAUCUUUGACUAAACAUCAUUGUUUUAUUUUUAAUUGCAGUGAAGAGGCAGAAGAAUACAAAAGGAAGUUAAUUCAGGUAAUAAUGGUGAAAAAGUGAAAUGUGACUUCAUUUACUAUCGAUUACGCAUGCGUUACUCGUCCCAGAUGUUUAGGAGACAACUGUGCCUUGCGCAUCUAAGGUUAAGUACGGUGAAGCAUGCACUAGGGUGAGAGAGCGUUCGUUCAGCAAAAAGUGCAGCAUUAACAGCGGGCGAAGACGACCAAACGUAGUCAGUCGUUAGUAGCCUGCGUGGCAGGUGGAAAAAAGGGAGGGGAGGGGAGAGGGGAGAAAAGCGCGGUCCCCUACCCGUUUCGUCGGCGGUUUAUCUGCCCUGGUUGAAAGGCGUUCCAAACGCGCGAGACUAAACAACUAUUGCUAGCACCAAAAAGGAACUGCACGAGUGUCGCCAAGGUUUCUUAGCACGUUUUUCUGUUUUAUUUGGAAGGUUGCGGAUUUGCAUGGUGAACUGCUAGAAUUCAACGAAAGGCUACACAAACAAGUUGGUUAUUAUCAGCUUCAAGUGAGAAGACUACGAGAAGAACUUGUUAAUCUCAGAGGACCGGUAAGUUUAGGCAAUUCUCUUAGAGUAGAAGCGAAAUGUUAUGAAACGUUUAAUGAUCCAUACCGAACAUUUCACCCCUACUGUUAUAAGAACUUGGAUUUUUCUUAGCAACCUGUCAGUGUCUAAAAAGUCAUUUCAGAAUCGCGUUUACAAUUUGCACAAACCAGUUCCAUUUACCGAAAACUGAACGGCCGCGAAACCUUGAAACUGGUAUCAAAGAUAGGUUUUGAACACGAAUUUCCGUUUGGAACAUCCCGUCCGCAAAAAAAAACAGAACUACCUUUUCAGAUGUUCCGUUGCUCCCGGAAAUUUUCCACUGGAAACUCGCGUACCAUAUACAUCCCUACUGCAAUUAACAGAAUGUACUGGUAAUUGGAGAGCACCCACGUUGACAAUGACGGGUUACUCUACACUGCGUUUAACUUACGAGGUUUUGUUGCCCACAUGCUUCAUCGUUCAUCUGUUUAUCUAUAUUUUCGAUUUCUUUCCCAGCUUCCAGAAGAUACAGAAAGUCUUAGUGAUUCAACAAGCCUUACGGACUUUGACCCCACAGUCAUGUCAAUCGGUACCAGACCCUUAGUGAACGUAUGGAUACCAUCUGUAUUUUUGCGUGGUCGCUCAUCAAAUGUACAUCACGUGUAUCAGGUACGACGGGGCUUUCAUAAGUGAUUUUAUUUUUGUUGCUUUUUAUAACGCAACACCAAAGAAAAGUUUGUAAAAUUCUUCUGAGUGUUGAGCCCAAAUGAAAUUGUUAGAAAUUAUGAAAUAAGUACAAUACGUUGUCCUAAUAUUAAGCAAGUUAAGUUUAGUGUUAAUAUAGUCUUCGUAAUGGGAGAAAACAGGAGAUUUAUUUCCAACUUGCACUGAAAUUUCUAGUUGCGAGACGUGUACAAUAUGCCACUGACAAAAUUCCAUCCGCAAAUUACCGUUGGCACUCGUUAAGUUAGCUUUUAAGCAAUUUGUUUUGUUUGAACUUUAGCGGGCAACAGUUUACUGUUGCCGUGUGACAACAAUGUUGCCCGGUCAGAAGCUUUAUGGUGGGUGAAACUUUCUCUGUUAGAUGUCAUGUGACCUCCAAGUAACUGCUGAGAGAGCGCGCUGUUUGGAAACUGAAAAAAUCUAGCAAUGUAACAAUGUCAGUUUUGUACCAUUGACAUUACUGAAAUUUUUCCUUGAAUUCCUUUAGGUGUACGUAAGAAUAAAGGACGACGAGUGGAACAUUUAUCGAAGAUAUUCGCAGUUUUUUGAAAUGCAUAAAAAUGUAAGUGUGACCCCGAACAAGUUGUAAAAAGUAAUACAAAUCCAUAGGCACAACUUUAAAGUUAAUUGGAAAUCGUCACGGGAAGGCGAAGAUCAUGCGCGGGAACGCCACAAAUUCUUAACUCUUACCCGUCUUCCCCGUUUACAAUUUUCAAUUGGAUACUGUAGUUUCCGGCCAGGUCGUUUUUGUUUCGUCACGCAACGCUCUUCCUUAAGAAGGAGAAGGAGGAGGAGCGUUGCGUGACCGAGUGUUUUUAUUUGUAUGGUUGGAUUUCUGUAAGUUAUUGUUAUUCUUUAUCGCUGUUGAUUGUGACAUUUAUUCUUUGUGUUAAUUUUUGUAGUUACGGAGAAAAUCCCAAGUAGUAGAAAGCUUUAAAUUUCCACCAAAGAAGACGCUUGGUAACAAAGUAAGUACAAGUAUACGUGUGGACAUGGCCUCGAGUCACAUUAACGGCGAACGGCAAACAACAGACUCAUUUGAGAAUUUCUCAAAAUAGAAAAUAAGCCGAUAAAAAUAGUGUAAAACAAUUCCUAUAGAUGAAAAUAACGUGAAACUACUUACAGGGUUCGUACAGAGUCUUGAAUUCUUGAAAAAGUCUUGAGAUUUGCCCAGCAUUUUUCCAGACUUGGAAAAAGUCCGGAAGAUAGAGAUAAAUUAUGGAGAAAAUGGAAAAAGUCCUAAGUUGUUUUUUUUUUUUUUCAAAGCUUCAAGAAGUGCUUUAUAAGGGAACUUGUUUUCGUUUUGGUCAAAUCUUAUUCAACCUCGCCCGUAUGUUUACAGUGCACCACAAGAAAAGCUUUCUUUCUGCGUUUUUUAAGGUUACUGUUGAUCACCUAUUUGUUAAACCUUGAGUCUGGAAAAAGAAGUUACUUUUUGGGAAAAAGUCUGGAAUAAGUGUUGAAUUUUGGAUCUAAAAAGUUGUACGAACCCUGUACUUAUUUUUUGUAGAAGUGAAGAACAGUUUAAGACAAGUAAAGGGAAAAUAUGAUCACGGAGUACAAAUACACGUUCACCGUUUGCCGUUUACCGUAAGCGUGACUCUAAAUCUCUCUAUGUUUAUGGAGGUGGGUCUUUUUCUCAGCGAUUUUGAUGCUGGCCGUAACCUUACAGUUGGUUUCAAAAUCGUCUUUCACUCGCAAGGAUUCAGAACCAUUAGUUAGGGCGGGGGAAAAUCUACCUAGAGAUUAUCUCAGUUUUGUUACUGGGAGGUGGAAAAAAACGAAUGCACCAGGCGAGGUAAUGGAGGUGAAAAAUAUCUCUUUUUUUCCCCACAGGACUCUCGAUUCGUGGAAGACCGCAGAAGACUUUUGCAGGAUUAUUUAAGAAGAGUAGUAAAUCUGUACGUAACAGAUGAUCGGGAAUUACGUGAAAACACCUCAAAAGCAGUGCUUCUGCAAAUUAUCCCUUUCUUUGCGUAAGUAGGCAAACUGAUUAAAUGCUUUUGAGCCUUGACUUUUCUGUUUUGUGUGGCCUCGUUUUAAUUUCAAUGAAUUUAUAGUUAAUUUUUUUUAUUUUUCUUUUGCUCACGCAGUGAACCGUUUCCACCACAAAAAGUCAAGAAGGAAUCUUCUAGAAGACGUUCACUGAAUUACACUGGUCUGUGA